AUGUCAGAAUCUGGCAAGAGUGAUCAACAGGAUCACGAAAAUUUGCGCACGGUGAUGGCAUUCUUCGCAUUUGGAACAUUAAUUUACAAUGGUUUCUCCUUAUUCAUUACUGCUGCUCAAGAUAUCUUAGCUGGUACAUAUAUUCAAUCUUCCAUGGUUCUAAUUGCGUGUAUAUUGCCGAGUUUUGUUUUCACUUUAAUUGCACCUUAUUUCGUGCAAAAAAUUUCAUACUUUGCUCGGUUUAUCGCGCUUGGCUUGGCAUUACCCUGUGGUCUACUAAUUCUUGCUCUAGCCGAACAAGUUUAUUGGAAAUUAAUAGGCUUAGGAAUAGCUUCAGUGGACUACAGCAUGAGUGAGAUGACAGUUUUGGGUUUAACUUCUUUUUAUCAUGAAGUCGCCUUGACUGCCUUUUCCGCUGGAACAGGAGUAGGUUAUGUGAUAACACCUUUCUACUACACAGGUAGGAUCUAGAAAUUAAUAUAUAUUAUUAGAGUGCGUGUCGUCAUGACUUGAAGUAGCCUAAGGUGAGGUACACAUUGUAGCGUUCAUGGCGUUACUAAGAGUUUCUGGCACAUCUUAAAAGUCAAAUUCAAUGCUUUGCUCAUAUAGUCUUAUGUAGCGUUUGUAUACAAAGCUUUCCGGCAGUCAAUAGAGGUUUUUAGCUACCUGGUCACGUGGUCUGAAAUAGGUAAACAGAAAUCCAAUAUGGCGUCCGGCUCUGAGAGAGUGUCGGACAGCAGUAGCAUUUCUUGGACAUAAACUCUCGUUUCUGUGCCCCGAUUGUCUCAUAUUCAACAUUUAAAAGACAGUGGGAGAAAAGAAAUCGGCGAAAAAAGGAUGACUAUGUGGGUCGACCGAGUGCAGGCCAUACAGAUUUAGCGUGGAUCGUGCAAGGAUGUUGUCGUCGCGGCCAACGGAAAAAUGACGAUCCUCAUUCAUUGUAGCCUCCCUCGCAGACGUUCUUAGGGGUUCGUCACGCGUUCCUGCCCCACGUUCGUACGUCUGCGUGGGAGGCUAAAUUCAUUGGAAAUUGAGGUUGUUAACAGCAGCGGGGGUGCAAAAAUUUCCAAAGCUAAAUGUUUCGGUAAAGCGGGGUUAGAUCUAAAAACGUCUAUUGAUACAGGAAUCAUACAGGCCCCUCGGAAGAAUAAAUGCGAGUACUCCUAACAGGAGUCGAACCGAACCUAAUGACCUUCUGGUUACUGGUCUAGGGGCCCGUUUCUCGAAAGUCCCGGUAACGUUUCGGGCCCUAAAUCAAAUUUCAAAUCGAAAUAUGAAGAAUUAGAGCGCGGACCCUGGCUCACAAACUGCUCCAUUUUGUUUCAUCAUGUUAGAUGCAGGACUAUUGAAACCUCUAUCUUGCAUGUAAACAACAACAACUUAACGGGCCCGUUAAUUAUCGCGACUUCUAAAUCUAAAUCUAAAUAUCGUUAUGUCGGCAAAAUCGUUUGGGACAUCACGCCAACUCUAAGAUAAUAAUAAAUAAAACUAUACUAAAAUAUACAAAACUAUUAAAAACUAUUAAAAACUACUGAUAAAAAAUAAAACUAAAUUAGUUUGCUUUUAAAAAUACAGAGGGAUUGGCUGGAAACAGUUUCUUCUGGAAGUUUGUUUCAUUCAGUUAUUGUCCUGGGAAAAAAAGAAAAUCUAAAAAUAUCUUUAUGUCCUUUCGGUACAAUAAAUUUAAAAUCAUGGCUUCCACGGGUUCUCCUUUCUUUGCUUGUUAUCAAAUAAUCCCCCCAAUCCCCAUCUAGGAGGCCGUGGCACAUCUUGUAUAUAGUGGAGAGCCUUGCGUGUCUUCUCAUUGUUUCAAGUGUGUCCCACUGUAGGUCUUGCAGCAUUUCCGUCACGCUCGUUGUUCGAUCGUAAUUUCCAGUGACAAAGCGGGCUGCUUUCCGCUGUACCCUUUCUAGAGCGGCUUUAUCUUUCUGGUAAUGUGGGUCCCAUGCGCUACAGGCAUACUGGAGUUUUGGCCUCACAAGUGUCAUAUACACGGUUUCUUUCACUGACUUUGGACAAUUCCACAGGUUUCGCUUGAUAAGUCCCAAGACCUUAUUUGCCCUAGAUGUGAUUGUUUCAAUGUGUGGUGACCACCUCAUUUUGUUAUCGAGGACUACCCCCAGAUAAGGGUGAGAUUCCACUUCUUCUAGGAUUUGUCCACAGAAUACGUAUUCCCGCUUUGGUGGAUCUCUCUUGGUUGUAAAACACAUGAUCUUGCACUUUGAAGGAUUAAAUUCCAUCUUCCACUUUUGUUGCCAAUCUUCUAAUCUAUACAAGUCCUCUUGGAGAUCGGCUGUGUCUUCAUCACAACAAAUUGUCCCAUAUAACAAUGCAUCAUCAGCAAAAAGUCUAACAGUAGAGUUAAGACUAUCAGGUAAAUCAUUUAUAUACAUUAAGAACAGUAGCGGUCCUAAGACUGUUCCUUGGGGAACACCAGAUGUCGUAACUACAGGGGCAGAUGAUGCCCCCUCAAUUACCACUGAUUGGGUACGCUGUGUUAGAAACGAUUCAAACCAGUUAUGUAGUGGGCCACGAAUUCCGUAAUAAUCAAGUUUCUUCAAGAGUCGGCGAUGGGGAACUUUGUCGAAUGCUUUUGAAAAAUCAAGGAUUGCGGCGUGAAUUGUUUUGUUAGACUGGAUAGCACUUGCUAUAUCAUGAAUGGUACAUAUGAGCUGUGUUUCUGUUGAUCGUUUCGCUCUAAAGCCAUGUUGACAAUCAGUGAGCACUCCAUAUCGUGAAAGAUGCUUCAUAACAUGGCUGUGUACAAUAUGCUCAAGUACCUUUGAUGCGAUGCAGGUAAGUGACACGGGCCUAUAAUUUGAAGGAUCCGAUUUCUUUCCUUUCUUGUGAAUAGCGCAUACGUUGGCGUGUUUCCAUUGGAUAGGCACAGUUCCGGUAUCAAUACAAUCUUGAUAUAUAUCAGUAAGAACCUUUGAUAUUUCAUGGGCAUUCUCCUUUAAAAACCAGGGUGGAAUUCCAUCCGGGCCAUACGCUUUAUCUACCUUCAACUCGCUAAGUUGCUUUUCAACUCCACAGGUUGUGAUGUUUAUUGUUCCAAUAGUCGGAAUAGGGCUUUCACCAGGGUCUGGGAUAUUCUCUGAUUCUUCGUUGUUGAAAACACUGGAGAACUGACUAUUUAGCACUUCGGCCUUAGCUCUCGGUUCGGUAAACACUUCAUUUCCAACGUUGAGGUCUUGGGUAUCUGUACCCUCUUUUCCUAGUUUUUUGAUGUGUGACCAAAAAGCCUUCGGGUUUUGUUUUAUAGAAUCACCGAGAAAGUCAGAAAGAUAAUUGUUCCUGGACUCAUUCAAGUUCUUGUGUAAUUGUUUCCUGACUAGUUUAAAUUUAUUCCAAUCGGAUUGCCUUCCAGAUUUCUUCGCCCUGUUGUAUAGCCUUUGCUUUUUCCUUGUCUGUCUUCUCAAGCUACGGUUAAACCACGGUAGGUUAUGGCGUGAGGUAGUGAACUUGUGUGGUAUACAGGAGUCCAUAAUUCCAGUGAGCCUUUGUUGAAAUAUAUUCCACUUUGCGUCUACGGAUUCGUUCUUCAUCUCUUCAAAGUCAUUCGCAAAGUCUUGUAAUUCUUUCUUUAUACGGGUGGUAUCUGCCCUUUUCCUCAUAUAAAUCUUGCGUCUCACUGGCUUUUUCUUUCUACAUGCCAAGUUCACUUCAAAAAGAACCAUAUCGUGAUCGCUUAUUCCCGGGAUUACCCUAACAUUGUUGAUGAUAUUGACAUUAUUUGUCAACACAAGAUCGAGAAUGUUGUCAUCUCUAGUAGGUUCCUUUACUAGUUGGGUAAGUCCAUGUUCAUCGAUGAUUUCAAGUAGCUGUUCAGAAUUGAAGGAGCAAUUUGUUGAUUCAAGGUCGUUCCAUUUGAGGUCCGGGGCGUUGAAAUCUCCCGCCACGAUUACAUUGCUAGUAUUUAAUCUAUCGCCUAAUUUGAAUAAAGAUGAGUCAAGUUCAUGUAGACUGCUUAUAUCGGUCUUGUUUGGGCGAUAGAAGGAAGCGAAGAAUAGAGAUUUUGAUCUCUUAUUUUGGAUCUGACAUUGGGUCCAAAUAAUCUCACAGUCCGUAUUCAAAUCAUCGCGAUGAGUAACGAUAAUGUCUUUCUUCACUGCUUGGAAAACGCCACCAUGGUUGUCAGAUAUGCGGUCUUUCCGAUAGAUGUUAUAGUUAUCUGGGAAGAUUUCGCUGCUCUCAAUAUCUGGGUAUAACCAGGACUCAUUACCGAGAAUUAUAUCUGGUUUCUUUCGAGAAACGGGCCACAGAUGCUCUACCACUGAGCCCUGGAGAGUUGUGGGAGCUAAGGUUACUAAACUAGGUUCAUGUGACAAACAUCAUGCAUACUGCUAAGACUAGAAUCAGUCGAUAUGCGCUUAUGCGUAAUGAUCAUGUUUUUUACAAACUUUCCAUUGUUCUAUGUAGCUUUGACAACAUGGUUGUGUGUCUAUGGAGCUGAGGCCGUAAACUAGGUUCACGUGAAAAACGUCCUUCGUACUGCUAGGACUAGAAUCAGUCGAUACAGUAUAUAUGUGCUUAUGCGCAAUCUGUAUGAUUUUACUAACCGGUUUUCCAUUGCUAUCUGUAGCCUUGACGACAUGGGCGUGUGUGUCACCACAGAUCGCGAUUGUAAUCAUGGCAGUCGUCUCCCUUCUCAUUCCUGCCUGUUAUUACAUCAUGGACAAGAAACACGUGAAGUCUCCCAGUCCCUCAAGUGAAAAACACGCCGGGGUAGAGUACACUGCACUGGACGCUAACAAAGGUAGCUAUGAAAUACUGAACUUGCUAAUAUAAUGCUAAUGAGGUGAUUUACAAGAGAUGAUCUAGACAGGGACCGAGGGGGCUGAAGGGGCCGAGGGGGCCAAAGAGACCUGGGGCAUGGCCUCCACAUCUUUUUUCUAAAAUUAUGUUAAAACAGUUGUAAAGAAUUCUUUGUGAUCUGUCCUCUAGAGCCUUUUUGCAUUUAAACGCUCUCAGAGUAUAUUUGUCGCUAAUUGGAAAGACCACUGUAGCUGGAAAAUCCUUCAGUUUUUCUGGAUCCGUCCCAGCAUGAUAUACCUCGAGGGAUAUCAUUAGAUUAGAUCGUCAGAAUGUCCGUUGUCUUUGACACUCGAUUUGAUUUUACCCAUUUUUUGCCGGAAUGGAAUACGGGAAAUGUUUAUCACAAUAUUUCCCGGUCUUUUGGCCAGUCAUUUUCUGUGAAUAUGAAACUGGGUUAAUUUGGUUGAACUGGUGUUUCAGUGUAGUUUAAUCCGGUAAACCAUAACAUAAUUUUGCAAUCUUUCAACAGAGUAUGAAUGUGAAGAAUUGGACAGUCAAAGAGAUGACAAAAAUAAUUCAAGAGACUACCACCUUUCAGUUCAAGAAAAAUUUGCUGUUAUAUGGAAGAUGCUGCCUGAUUUAAUAACAAUUUAUAUUGCCUGGUUCUCAGAAUAUCUCAUUUAUGUGUCCGUCGUAACAACACUAGCAUUUCCAAACGCUCCGUUUAGUACACGUGACCAUUAUCAGUACUAUAUAUUUACGCUCACGGGAGGCGAGGUGGUUGGAAGGUCCUAUCUUGUGAUCUUGUCAUAUAUCAAAGCUGAUUGGGCUGAAAAAGCUAAGAUCCCUUGUCUAUGGGGUUUGGCGAUCAUCCAAGUUUUUCACCUUCUAUUCUUUAUCCUGGCUGUCUGGUACCGCUUUUUACCCAACGUUUGGAUCAUUUUACUGUUAUCGUUUUCCUGCGGAGCCGGGAUCGGUGUUUUCUACGUCAAUGCAGUAGCGUUUUUCAAAGUAAAGUUUGAAGGACCUGAAAAGGAGUUCGCCAUGGGGUACUUAAUAGUGGCUAUAAUUGCAGGUGUACUUGCCGCAGCACUUCUUGGCCUCUACAUCGAGCCAGUUUUACGAGAACACUGCACCAUGAUCCUGAAUAACGCUGGUCUCUGUUUUACGAGAUCACAUUCCAGCUAUCGCCUCACCUCAUCAUGU